AAUUUUUUUUUGAUGUUUCCAGAAUGAAAAAUGAAUAAUAUGUUUGUGAGCAGUUUGUUGAAAUCCACAAAAUAUUCAAGUGUUCAGGGUUUAAGAAAAAUAUCAACACUAAAGGAGCCAGCAGCUUCUGCACACGACGAUGAGCUAAACAGGACUGUGUUUCAGUCUAUGCUAGGAAAAGAAGCUGAUCUUAAACCCAAGACAACUGAUAUCCAAGAUAUACGAAACAAAAUACAUAAAAAUCUUUUUAUCAGUGGAAGUGAGCUUGAAGAAAUGUCUAUAUAUUAUUUCAACGCCGACGGAAAAUUUGUCCGACCUCGACUAUCUCUCACCAUGGCAAAAGCUGUAAAUUCCCAUCUUCAGUUGUCUGACCCCGAUGUUGAAGAGAAGCAGAAACUGAUUGCUGUUAUAUCUGAGAUGUGGCACACCAGUAGUCUGGUUCACGAUGACGUCAUAGAUCAUUCAGAAUACAGGAGGGGUAAACAAUCAAUUAACAACAGAUGGGGUGUCUCUAAAUCUGUUCUAACCGGAGACUAUAUCCUUGCUGUGAGUGUACGGCUGCUAGCUGAGACUAAAGAUCCCGAGGUUGUGUAUGCAAUGUCCCAAAUUUUGGCAGAUCUGGUCAAUGGAGAAUUCCAGCAAAUGGGAACAAGAUCUGAUGAUGAAUCCAGGUUUCAGCUUUACCUUGAUAAAACAUUUAACAAGACAGCAAGCUUAAUGGCGUAUAGUUGUAAGUGUGUAGCUAUGCUAGCCUGCAACCCAGGAAACCAGCAGAUGGACAACAACCUACCAAACCUGGCAUACACGUAUGGAAGGAAUGUGGGGUUGGCCUUUCAACUAAUUGAUGAUUGGUUGGACUUUAUGGCAUCUGCUGAGCAGUUAGGUAAACCGGCCGGUGCUGACCUACAGCUAGGACUAGCCACUGCUCCUGUUCUAUUCGCUAGCAAGGAAUUUCCAAGACUAGAUGCUCUCAUUGGAAGACAAUUUGGAGAACCAACCGACGUACAAGAAGCUUUUGAAAUUGUGUUAAAAUCGAAGGGCCUGGACCAGACUAAGGAUUUGGCUAGGAAAUAUGCAGAGAUGGCUCUAGAUAAUAUAUCAGGAUUUGUUGAAAGCACAGGGAAGACAGAUCUUCAAGCACUAGCUGAGAUGAUUGUGAACAGAUGCAGUUAAACUCAACACAUACAUCUUAAAAACUUUCUGAUUAAGAAAAAUGUAAAUUUUACUAAUGCUACAUAGUAAAUAACUUCUGAUAUAGUACAGGGUAACCGACAACGGAUGAGACUGCAAAGACGACCUGGAAAUCUUUAAAUGGCAAUCCUAAUUGGGUAAAUUAAGUCUUCUACCUUGAAUAAAGUCUUUUAAUGGAUUA